AUGAACACUUAUCUAUUUGAAAUUAAUUUGAUUUUUCUUUUUUAUAGAUCGUUAUACUGUUUCCCUUUGUGUCAUUUUAUCGUGAUAUAUUUUAUUCGAUUUCAGCCAGUGGAUCUGUCCGAUACCGUCAAAGUGUUAACAUGGAACAGGAGAUGUCUCAGUAUCGUGGGAAUAUGGCCUUUGAAGGUUUACGAUCCGAUAUUCCUUUUCUCCAUCGUAUAUCUGGCAAUUCAUUUUGUCUUAGGAAUUCUCGAUUUAACCAAUUACUCGAACAACUUUGAUCUUAUAGUAGCAAAUAUCACGGAAAACAUGGUUAUGCUGAAUACUCUCAUCAAAAUGACUAUCUGUAGAUAUUACAGAGAUUCGUUGGCGCAAUUUUUGUUAACAAUACGAAAGGAUUUUAAGGUCGAAAGUUACAAAAGUCAAGAUGAAAUUUUAACAUUUUUCGCUUACAAUAGAUUAUCUUAUCUAUUCGGUGUAAUAUCUUUAUCUUUUAUGGGUGUCAUCUCGAUAAUAUAUUUCUUGGUAUCAUUGAUAACGAACGUGCAAAUGGGUAAUUAUUUUCAACGUUUGAACGUUUUCAUCAUUAAAAAGGGGCGCAAUGAAAUUCGGCCUUUACUUGUUACAGUUAUGGAUAAUUCCUCUUUCGGUUAUCAGCUGCCUUAUAAAACGCGACCAAUCAUAAAAAUCAAUGAUCCUACGACCUAUGGUCUUCAUUGUUUAUAUCAAGUUAUUAUUUUACCGCUGAUUACGUUCGGUUCCGUUGGUUACGAUUCCUUCUUCAUCACAUUGUCCCUUCACGUUACCGCACAAUUGUCCGUAUUGAAAUACAGAGUUAAAUUAGCCUUGGAAGAUCCAAAUGGUUGCCAAUGCGGGAUGAAAAAAUUGAUUAAAAGACAUUACGGACUAAUAAGAUUGGUGGAUAUCUUGGAGGAUGCCUUCAACUUUGGAAUUCUAGAACAUCUUCUAGGAACGACGUUCAACUUGUGUAUUUCCGGUUAUAACGCUAUAACGCGUUCGUCGAACGGUCAACUUCUCGAGCUCUUUCUAUUUUUUAUAUUCUCAAGUAUAAUACUGAGCACGUUGUUCGUCUAUUGCUACAGCGGCGAAUGUCUCAUUCAAGAAAGUACGGACUUUGCCAUGGCGUUUUACGAGUACGAAUGGUACGACAUAUCGCCGGUGAAUUUGAAGAUGGUCUUAAUUUGUAUGAUACGAGCAAGUAAACCGUUACAAUUGACCUCUGGAAAAUUUUUCGUCCUAUCGUUAUGUACUUUCACCGAUAUAUUGAAAACUUCUAUGGGAUACCUGUCGGUAUUACGUACUAUGUUGUUAUGAUCGAGCGCGCGCGAACAAAUCCUCCUAUUCGUCCUAUUUAUGUGAAACGAAGUCAGUCGAUUGUAAAGUCAUACAUCGAGACGUCUUCAAUAGAAAUUUUCUUUACACUGUUGCGUUGUUCCUUUUAUUAUAUUUUUUACUUUGCGUUAUCCUUAUUAAUGAAAAAUAACUUUGAAUGAACUUUUUCAAGAAAACUCUCGCUGACGAAGCUUUUCUUUCCGACGGGAAUCGAAAAAACGUAGAAAGAAAUGCUUCGUAGAAAGAGAAAUCGUAUAUUCACGGUUAGAAAAGUUUUCUUCCCUCCUAUUUUUUCUCUUUCUUUUUCCCCCUUCUCCUAUUCAUAGGUUCGGUUCUAACUCCGAACAAUAAGUAAUGAGAAAGCUCUUAUAAUUGUAGAGCUUCGAAACUUUUCAAGACGCAAUCGCGUUUUUUUCCUAAAGAGAGAAACGACUUGAUGGGGUUAAAUUGCAUGGUCGAGAGAUCGGGCAAAAAAGAAAAAGAAGAAGAAGAAAAGAAAGAAGUUGAAAAUUGUUGUUAACAGAUAGAUGAUUCCUCCUCGGGAGCAGACCUAUCAAUUUUUCUUUACGAGACUUGUAGGAAACUUGUUUCUUCCUUCCAACGCCGAGGGGAUCGACGGGGUCCAGUCUCUCUCUCUCUCUCUCUCUCUCUCCCUCUCAAUUUUCGUGCGAAUCAAAUGGUGGAAAAGGGUAGAAAAGUACGAGCGGAAUGAUAUAAUAGAUUCUAUUUAAUUUAGUUUCGAGAACGAACCGACUCCUUUUAUUUUC